UUCAUCUUGUGUUUCAAAAUAUAAGCACUUCAAAAUAGAAAUGACCCUUUUGUGUCCUUGCAGUUAACUUUCUAAGUAAGAAGAUAUACACAAAGGAAUAAUUAAUCACAAAAAAACACAUCUUAGGUAACCAACAAGCUUCCAUUUCCUUUUCUUAAAGUCUUCUAAGGCUUAAAAAACCAUUCUUAUUCAUCUAUGCAUCAAUAGUCAAUUCCCUGUUGCCUAUUCUUUAUUUUUUUUUAAACCAACUAUCCUCUACGUGCAACUGCAUAGACUAAUCCCUCGAGUCAGGUAGGACCACAAACGGCAGUAAAACUUCUCAGAUCUGAAUUUUACCCCAGAAUCUCUGGUUAAGCUUGAAGAGACUUGAAUCAUAUCAUCUAAGCAUUCUUAGUCCCUAUUCCUUUUAUACUAUUAUAUUAAUUAAAUUGUUAAUAUAUGCAUAUAUAAGUAUAUAUAUAUAUAAAUACUACUCUUUCUUACUUCAUAUCAUUAACCAUCAAAGAAGCUAAGAUGGGAGGGUGUUUUUCUUCAAGACCAUCAUGUACAUCAAAAACUAUCCGUUUAGUUCAUCUAAGUGGUUAUGUAGAAGAUUUUGAGCAACCAAUAACAGUAAACCAAGUCACAUGUGGAAAUCCACCAACUCACUUUGUUUGCACUUCUCUUCAACUUCUUUCAUCUUCAUCAAAACCAUUGAAGGGUGAUACACAACUUCAACCAGGAAUUGUGUACUUCAUGCUACCUUACUCAAUUCUACAAGCUGAUGUUUCACCUGUUGACUUGGCUUCACUUGCAAAGAGGCUAACUGCAAAGGCUAAAACAAGAAGAUUUGAAGAUAAAAAGAAGACAAUGAAAGGUAGUCCUUUGUUAAACAAAAAUGAGUUGAGGAGUGUUUGGAGUUCGCCUUUGAUGAGUCCCAGCCGAGUUGGUGCGGCCGAGGGAAUCGGUAUGGCAUAUGGAGGGAGUACGUGUCGGGGGCGGCUAUGGAGACCUUUGUUGGAUACUAUUAGAGAGAAGUCAUUCAAUAGGAGUAAUGAAUCUGACUUGCAAGAAAAUCAUUGAAGUUUUGAAGAUCUUGGAUUAAGGUAACACAUGAGAGAAAAAAUAAGGCAUGUUAGGUGGUUUUGAUGAAUCUGUUUGGAUUGACUUUCUUAAAAUUUGAUUUUGAAGACAUGUUGGCACAUUUGAUUUUGAAAAUUUCUUUCUGUAUGAUUCUCCAAUGAAUAUUCCUAUAGACUAUGAUGUAAAUGUGUAAGCUCUUGAUUUUUCAGUUUGGAGAUUUCAUGAUAAGUGUUAUAUAAUUAGAAUUGGAUUCAAGUGAAGUGUGAUUUACGAGACAUGAAUUAUUUCACAACUCUUAAGCAAUGCAGUCUUCUGCUUAAUUAUGUGCUUUGUAAUUAUAAUUUGUGGAGCAGUCAGAUCAAGAAAAAUUUCUGCUAGUGGAAUCUGUAACUUUUUUGGGUACAAUAAGAAGUUUGUAGAUUGCAUGAUUAGAAUAUGCAAACAAUUUAUAAUCUUCAAGUACAUGUAUGAUAUUUUAAGUCUAAUUAAGGGAUAAAAGAGUAUUGAACUCAA